UAAACAACCAACCGCACCAAAUCCAAUUUGAACAAAAGCAUCUUAAGUCAAUUACAGUAAUUAAUACAUUAAUUAUUAAACUAAACUACAAAAUUGAAUGAGCUCAAAAUCCCCUAAAAAUAGUGUGUGAGGGAGAAAGGUUGCAAACACAGUGUCAACUCAAAGCUUCCGAAUUUGGAUGAGAGGAACUCGGUCUUUGACUCAGCGAGUCAUUAUUCCACUGCUAAAAGUAAAAAGUUAGUAUCUUCUCUCUCUCUCUCUCUCUCUCUCUCUCUGUUGCAUCAGUUUCAGUGUUUCAGAAAAUUGCAAGGGUCAUUUUAGAUUGAGAUAAAGUGUACGAGGCUAUGGGUGUCUCAGGGAAAUGGAUUAGAGCAUUAGUUGGUCUAAAGAAAUCAGAAAAGACUGGGUCCUCAGAGAAGGAUGGGAAUAAGGAUAGCAAGUCACGCCAUCGGAGAAAGCAUUCCAUCGAAAUCGACAAUAGCAAACUUCAAAAAGAGCUUGAUGAUGUUGAAGCUACACCUAUUGGGGAUGCAGAUCAUGCAACUCCCCAAUCAAACCUUGAUACUCAUUAUUCUCCUUCUACUUCACAAGAAGCACAGUAUACUGGACAUAAUCAUCAAAUAUCAAGAGAAGAAUGGGCUGCAAUAUGCAUUCAAACAGCAUUUCGAGGAUUUCUGGCCAGAAGAGCACUACGAGCUUUGAAAGGAUUGGUAAGGCUUCAGGCCCUUGUAAGAGGCCAUGCAGUAAGAAAACAAGCUGCAAUAACUCUCCGUUGUAUGCAAGCUUUGGUGAGGGUUCAGGCUCGUGUUCGGGCAAGGCGUGUUCGCUUGACACUGGAAAGUCAAACAGAACAACAGAAACUUCAGCAGCAGCUUGUAAACGAAGCUCGUGUUCGAGAAAUUGAAGAAGGUUGGUGUGACAGUGUGGGAUCUGUUGAAGAAAUUCAAUCCAAAAUAUUAAAGAGACAGGAGGCUGCAGCAAAACGUGAGAGAGCCAUGGCAUAUGCUCUAGCGCAUCAGUGGCAGGCAGGAUCUAGGCAGCAGGCUGUUUCUUCAGGGUUUGAACCUGAUAGAAGUAGUUGGGGUUGGAAUUGGUUGGAAAGGUGGAUGGCUGUACGUCCUUGGGAGAAUCGUUUUCUUGACAUAAACACGAAAGACGGAGGAAAGGUAGACGAAGAUGAUGUUAUGGAUGGUAGAAAUGGAAUCAGACCUCAGUUCAGGUCUACUAACGCGAAAUCAAUACCUCCAAAUAUUCAUCCAAGUGUUGCUGGUCAUAAAACUGGUCCCUCUGUCUCUGAUGGCUGUGAUUCUUCUUCCACUAGCAAGUCAGCAGGUUUACUCGAGACAUCGAACACACAAUCUGUUAAACCAAAAUCUAAUACAAAUGUUCAAAAUUCCGUUGAAGAAACCAACUCAAAAUCUGGAUUUCCAAGAUCUCAAAGUAAUCCAAAGGAGAGAAAGUCGCAGGUAGAUAAACAGGCGAAAAAGCGAUUAUCACUUCCUAACAAUGGGGUUGGUUCUGGGGCUCAAACGGCCAAAUAUCCUACCAGAUCUAACAUGAAAGGGACACGUAGCACGCAAAAGCCUAUAAGGGAUAAGCCUAAGCCUAAGAUCAAUGAAGGCGGGGAUGUGAGUCUUGCUAAAUCUGUUCCACAGCCCACGGUUGUGUAAACACUACUCAAUUCUCUAUUGUGAUCCUGAGAUGACAUUUAUCUGUGCACGUGUAAUGUGUGAUGCGAAGUGUCGAGGGGCCGCAACCACAAUGUACAUGUUCCUCUCUUCUAUGAAGAUGCUGAUGUGGUUUGAUUGUUGAGAUUGGCUUGGGUUUUCAUGGUCGUAAGAUAUGUCCGGUGGAUACAUACAUCUGUUGUAAUUAUUCUUAUUUGUUGUUGUGAGCUAUGUGAUAAAUGCGGAAUAAUAUUUAUGUUCAAAUGUACAACUUUCAGAGUGCCAUUGCCUUUUGAAAUUCCCUUAUUAUUAUAUAUCAGAGUGUUUGUAGA